CGAUGUUGAACUUUGAACGAAACUCCCACCAUCGCGUCAUGAGCAAGCCCCAUACUAUUGUGAUACUCUUAUUUAGACUGAAGCUGAUUCAAGUGCACAUCUCUCGUUGGUCUUACUUGAAAGACCUCCUCGCGGAUAUCUUAUACUCUGACAAACACCAUCUCCCGGCUGAAAUCAAGACCAUUAUGCGGCCGUACAAGCCUCGAAAUCUACGCUUCCUUACCCCGAAACUUCCAUUUUAUAUCCGGGACCUCAAUAGCAUACCGGACAGGGACGAUUUGAAAGAUUUUUUACUGCUGGACGCCGACAACGGAACAACGAUAAGCUGCGCAGCUCCCCAUCUUCCCUCCGAUGGAUUAUAUCUUAGCCUGGUCGUAGAUGAACCUCUCCCGAUUGAGAAACUUUCAGAGAAAGGCGGUGUGCGGUUCAGGUCACGAGAGAUUGUUAUUUACUCAAAUGAGCACAACAUUGAACUACAGCCGGCCGGACGUUCGGCGCGGGCUGUUUCCGGUUAUCUAGGAGAGGAGGAGAAUCGAGUGUGGUGCAAACUCAUCAGAGAAGGCGAACUAAAGACAUUCAGAACCCUCGAAUCAUUGGAUCCAUCUACCCAUCAUAUUGCGAUGCUCCUCUUACCACCUCACCACCUCCCGACAGACCAAUACCUGAUCACCAUGCCCGACUAUGGUUUUGAUUUGAGCAUCGUGACCAUGGUCUUCAAACGACGACUGGCAGGGACAAGAAUAUACAUCAUCGCUCGCCAGCUUUGCGAAGCUAUCCAAUUUUUACACAAUAACAACCUCUAUCAUCUCGACAUCAAGCCGCAGAACCUGGCCAUAGACGACCUCACUUCGGAUCUCACAGUGAUAGAUCUAGGCUGGGUAAUGUAUGCACCGCCGCCUUGUGUCAUUGAAGGACCGGCAGGUACUUCUGGGCUUGUCGCACCGGAGGUGCAGCGUUGGUUCGAUUGGGAAGAAACGGAAGAGGGAGACGCGCCUCCGUUCUAUAAUCCUCAGAAAGCUGACGCUUGGGCGAUAGGGAACGUGAUCCACAUUUUAUUGGACAAGGCAGAUGAUAUUGUUGGAGAGUAUCUGCUCGAACCCUUCAGCGAGUGGAUGAUGGAAGAAAGGCCUUCUAUGGAUGCCGCGCUAGAGAAACUUGAGGACCUUUUCGAUCCUCCAAUGGCUGCACAUAGUAGAAAUGGGUCGACCUCAACUUUGGACAGUACCGACAUCUCUUUUUCCUCAUUGCCAGUCGUCACGGCCUUCUGAUCGUUAUUCCAUCCGUAGUUGCUACUGUAAAUUUCACAUUAUUUUUUCUGCGUCACACAUUGUCCGCCCCCGCAAUUCCACCCAUCAUCCGGUAAUUGCACUCGCACUGUAUCUUAUCCACUCCAUAGCUUCCAUCUACAUUAUCUCUGUACUUAGACUAACCACGAACCUUGAACCAUGACACG